UGAUGAGAAUGUAUACAUGUAUCCCCGGCAGAGCCAGGUAAGCAAAGUGCAGGUUGGCAAAUGGAGAUUUUGUUUGUUAUAUUUUUUAGAGAGAGAAAGAUAGAAAACAAAUAUAGAGAGAGAAAGAGACGGAGGUAAUGACAGACUGGCAAUACGAGGGGAAGGAAGGUUAAGCAACCUCUGUCUGUCCCUUCCUUCUUGUUCUUUCUUCUAUAUAUAAAUAAAAUAAAUAAUACUUUCAAUUUUGUAACAUUCUUUAAUUUUAUUUUAUUUUUGUUUUUGGUUUUUGUGUGAGAAAUUUCAUAAGUGGUGCCUCUGGAACUUGUUGGAUCCAUCUUCAAGAAUCAGAGACACUUGAGAUUUCGACACCAUGAGUCUCUUCGGUCUUGGUAGCAGAAACCAAAAAACAUUUCGUCCGAAAAAGAGUGCCCCAACUGGAAGUAAGGGUGCUCAACUUCAAAAACAUAUCGAUGCUACAUUGGGCAGUGGUAACUUGAGGGAAGCUGUUAAGCUGCCUCCUGGUGAAGAUAUCAAUGAGUGGCUAGCUGUGAACACUGUGGACUUCUUUAAUCAAGUGAAUAUCAUGUUUGGUACGUUGACCGAAUUCUGCACGCCGAGUAACUGUCCUAUGAUGACUGCAGGACCCAAGUACGAGUAUCGAUGGGCUGAUGGCGUUACUAUCAAGAAACCAAUAGAGGUAUCUGCUCCAAAGUAUGUCGAGUAUUUGAUGGACUGGAUUGAAUCUCAACUAGAUGAUGAAACAAUUUUCCCUCAAAAAUUAGGGGCUCCUUUUCCAUCCAAUUUCAGAGAUGUUGUCAAGACAAUAUUUAAGCGGUUAUUCCGUGUAUAUGCUCACAUUUAUCACUCACAUUUUCAGAAGAUUGUAAGUUUGAAGGAAGAAGCUCACUUAAAUACUUGCUUCAAGCAUUUUGUUUUAUUCACAUGGGAAUUCCGGCUGAUCGAUAAAGCGGAGCUAGCACCUCUCGAGGACCUUGUUGAUUCUAUUAUACAAUGAUAGUGUUGUUUAUUAUCAUUGGAAGGUUGGGUAUACAUUUUUUGUGGGCUUAUUAUCAUGCCCUUGUAAUAUACUUGCUAAAAGGAAAAUCUUUAGCCACUUUUUUCUUUAUUUGUGUCUGCAUUGUUGUUAUGGUUUGCUGAAUAUUCUUGUCAAUCAAGCUAAACCGACUUGUGCAGCAAGCCAAAUAUACGAUGCAUCGACACUUUGUAUUUCCUAGCAGGUGUUUCUAAAUUCAAAGUACUUUUUACUUGUUUUUCCUAUCAAUUAUUUUAAGGGAGCAUUAUAAAUUAUGAUUUCUUGAGAUGAA